UUAAGUUAUUCUUGUAGAACCAUACACUAUGCUAAAUUUAAGCCUAUACUGUAUAUUUGUCGACUGUUUCUCAUUUGUGAUAUUUGUUCAUUUUUUACUUACUUAUUUUUAAUUUAGGUAAAUGGGCAAUGUGCUGGCCACACAGCUAUGCAAGCUGCUAGUCAAAAUGGACAUGUUGAUAUUUUGAAGUUACUUUUGAAGCAAAAUGUGGAUGUAGAAGCAGAGGAUAAAGAUGGAGAUAGAGCAGUGCACCACGCAGCUUUUGGAGAUGAAGGUGCUGUUAUAGAAGUAUUACACCGAGGCAGUGCUGAUUUGAAUGCUCGCAACAAGCGCCGACAGACGCCACUUCAUAUUGCUGUCAAUAAAGGUCAUCUUCAAGUUGUGAAGACUUUAUUGGACUUUGGUUGUCAUCCCAGUCUCCAGGAUUCUGAAGGUGAUACCCCUCUUCAUGAUGCUAUAAGUAAGAAACGUGAUGAUAUUCUGGCAGUUCUGUUGGAAGCUGGAGCAGAUGUUACCAUUACAAACAACAAUGGAUUCAAUGCUCUCCAUCAUGCUGCACUGAGAGGAAACCCCAGUGCGAUGCGUGUUUUGCUGUCAAAAUUACCAAGGCCAUGGAUUGUGGAUGAGAAGAAAGAUGAUGGUUAUACUGCUUUGCAUCUGGCUGCUCUGAAUAAUCAUGUAGAAGUUGCCGAACUAUUGGUACAUCAGGGUAAUGCAAACCUGGAUAUCCAGAAUGUGAACCAACAAACUGCACUACACCUUGCUGUUGAACGACAGCACACCCAAAUUGUUAGGCUUUUGGUCCGUGCAGGUGCAAAGCUAGACAUUCAGGAUAAGGAUGGAGAUACUCCUUUGCAUGAAGCUCUAAGGCAUCACACUUUGUCUCAGCUACGUCAGCUUCAAGAUAUGCAAGAUGUGGGGAAAGUAGAUGCUGCCUGGGAACCAUCGAAAAACACAUUAAUAAUGGGACUUGGUACCCAGGGGGCAGAGAAGAAGAGUGCAGCAUCUAUUGCCUGUUUCUUGGCAGCUAAUGGUGCUGACCUUAGCAUUCGAAAUAAGAAGGGGCAAUCACCACUUGAUCUCUGUCCUGAUCCAAGUCUCUGCAAAGCACUGGCAAAGUGUCAUAAGGAAAAAGUCAGUGGUCAGGUGGGUUCUCGGAGUCCGUCUAUGAUAAAUAAUGAUUCUGAAACCUUAGAAGAGUGUAUGGUGUGCUCAGACAUGAAAAGAGACACUCUUUUCGGUCCGUGUGGACACAUUGCAACCUGUUCUUUAUGCUCUCCACGCGUCAAGAAAUGCCUCAUCUGUAAAGAACAAGUUCAGUCCAGAACAAAGAUUGAAGAGUGUGUGGUAUGCUCUGACAAGAAAGCAGCUGUUCUUUUCCAACCUUGUGGACAUAUGUGUGCUUGUGAGAACUGUGCUAGCCUAAUGAAAAAGUGUGUGCAGUGUCGGGCAGUCGUUGAACGAAGAGUGCCUUUCAUUAUGUGCUGUGGAGGGAAAAGUUCAGAAGAAGCCACUGAUGAUAUCUCAAGUGGGAAUAUUCCAGUGUUACAAAAAGAUAAGGAUAACACCAAUGUCAAUGCAGAUGUGCAAAAGCUGCAGCAGCAGUUACAGGACAUUAAGGAGCAGACAAUGUGCCCUGUGUGUUUGGAUCGCCUAAAGAACAUGAUUUUCCUCUGUGGCCAUGGAACAUGCCAGCUCUGUGGAGACCGCAUGAGUGAAUGCCCCAUUUGUCGCAAGGCAAUCGAACGGAGAAUUCUUUUGUAUUGACUGAGAAACAGAGUGUUUUGUUAGCUGAAGUAUAUGGUGAUGAGGUCUUCAUAAGCUUUUAAGCCUGUU